AGAAUUGAAACUCGUGGGUGAGUGAGAUGGAGAUGUUGUGACGCCUGUCUUGGCAUUUUUAUUGAUCCUCGGAUUAGCAUCAUGCCAGUGCCAGCAGAGGAACGUCUCGACACUCGGUGGUACCAGUUAUUUUUUAUUUGGUUUUCCUCCUGCAUGAAUAUCUUGUCAUCUAGCACUGGCGCUGCUGGCCCUGCAUUUUAUUCCUUGGGAGUUUGCGACUCCAUAGUCAUCAUCGUCAUUGUUAACCUAGUAUGCUGUUUAUUGCCAGGAUUCUUUGCUGUUUUCGGGCCAAAGCUUGGCAUGCGAGCUAUGGUACAAGCAAGGUUCUCAUGGGGGUAUUUCGGUGCCAUCAUACCGGCCGUCUUGAAUAUUUUCUCCUCGGAAAGUUUCCUUAUUCUGAACUGUAUCAUUGGCGGACAAACGAUAGCUAGCUUGUCUCCUCAACUUAACGAUACUCUAGGUAUCGUCAUCAUUGGUAUCAUAUCUCUUAUGGUCACUUUCUGUGGAUACCGCGUUAUCCAUUGGUACGAAAGUGUUGCAUGGAUCCCGAAUGUAAUUGCUUUCAUCGCCGUGCUGGCUGUCGGUUAUCCACAACUACACAAAAACCUGUCGGCUCCCGUCCCUCCAGCAACACCUGCUAAUGUUAUAUCUUUUGCGUCCAUUCUCGCAUCUAACAUGAUCAGCUGGUGUUCCAUGAUCCCUGACUAUGGCGUAUACCAUAGCCCUGAUGCUUCUUCUACCAAAAUUUUUAUCUACACAUAUCUUGGGUUCUUUGUGUCCAGUGUGACUGGUCAGGCUCUGGGUGCCGCAUUCGCAGCAGCAGCUCCGAGCGUGCCUGCUUGGAAUGCAGGAUUCGAUAACGGUACUUCCGUCGGUGGUUUGUUACACAGCGUCUUGUUACCUACAGGCGCAUUUGGAGAAAUCCUGACUGCUUUGGUCGCUCUCAGCGUAUCCAGUGCCUGUGCACCAACGAUGUAUACGUUCAGCAACAGUUUCAUGGCUAUUGCUACGUGGUUUUCUACGGUGCCCAGAUGGGUAUAUGUCCUCAUUUCAGAGGGAAUCCUGAUACCACUGGCCAUUGUUGGUGCCAAAAGGUUUUAUGCUACCUUUGUCGACAUCCUCAAUAUCCUAUCAAAACUUGGGCUUCAUAUGCUCUUUUGCCUAGCGGUAUCCCCGCGGUAGUGGCCUUCGUGUGCGCGUGUGGAGCUCUUGUUCCAUUCAUGUCACAGGCUUGGUAUGUAGGACCAGUAGCGAGGCAGGGCAGUGGAGAUGUUGGUGUGUUCGUAGGGUUUGUGGUGGGAGCUAUCACCUAUGCGUUGGCGAGGAGUUUCGAGAAAACGCUGUACAAGAGGAUGG